AUGAAGUUUGUGAAUGACAAGAACGAACUAUACAAGAUGGUGUUGGAAGUAGGGGAAGGGUCCACAAGCAAUGAAGUACAUAGUGGGCUUGUGUUGUUCAAAAGGGAGUAUAUGGCAAAACAAGGGGAGAAGUGUAAAAAUACAAGAGAAGAAAAAAUUGAAGUGGGGAAGGCAUGGAGGGCCCUGAGUGAGGAAGAGAAAGAUAGGUAUAAUGAGAGGGCAAAGAAAACGAAGCCAGAGAAAGGUGAGAAGAAGAAGUAUGAUGUUCCCUUGUACACCCGGUUCUCAUUGCCCGGAUUUCUAUCAUUGGCUGAGGGGCAAGGGCAGGCAAUUGAAGCAAAAGAUGCUCAUGAGUUUCUAGUUGUACCUGAUAGUGGAGAGGAAGUGAAAUAUGAUGUUAGUGAGGAUGACCCAGAAUACAAGAGGUUAAAGGACACUUAUUGGAAGGUUCCAUUUACCCAGAUACUAAAGAGGAUAUUAUCUGGGAAAGAAAGCGACAAUUUUGAGUUCCUACUUAUGCUUUAUACAGUUGGAGCUUUUUUAUGUCCUGGGUCAAGCACAAUUGAAAUGGGAGACUUUGUGAAGAUGACAAAGAAGAAGAAGAAAGGAACCUGCAAUGUUGGAGGCUGUAUUUUGUUGAGCGUUUCUCGCUGGGAUUGUCUGUUGACCGGGGUUCAACAAGCCCCAUUGAAUAUUGGACCGAGGAUAAAGGAGAGGGUGGAGAAAAAGAGAGGUAGCAGCAUGGGAAUAUUGCAUGGAAGCAGUGGCAGCAAGGUUUACUCAGCAAGACAUGAGGAUAGUCCAAUUCUGCAGUCUUUAAAUCCAGUGUUGAAGGAGUUGAGGGCUCGUUUUGUUAAGAAGCUUGAAGAAAGCCAGAGGACGUUAAUGAAGGCUCUUUAUGAUGAGCUACUCAAAGUGCAGAUUGGAUUAAAAGCCAAAGUUAAGGGAAUGGGGAAUGAGAAUGCCACUGCUAAAGAAGGGGUUGAAACAGCUGGUGAUGCAAGUGGUAACAAUGCUGAAGAAGCUGAUGAUGUUGACCAAGUGGUGGAGGAGAUUGCAAGAGAGGUUGCAACGGGAAGCGGAGAUGAGGAACUUGAUGAGGAUGAAACAAGCAAAGGAGAUGAUGAGAAGGAUGAGGAUGAAGAUAAAGAAGAACAUGACCUUCAUGACAGGGAAGUCAGUGAUUAUUACAUGGUUGAGGAGGUGGAAGAUGAGGGUGACCGUGAUGGUCGUGGAGGUGAUGAUGAUGACGAUGAGGAUGAGGAGGAAGAUGACCAUGAGGCAGAAGAUGAUGAUAAGGAGGUUCGGGAUUCAGAUAAUGAGGGUGAGGAAGAUACACAUGUACUGACAAUGACCCCUACCAAUGUUCCUUUGCUGUUGGAUCGUGAAUGGGAGGGAUUGUGGGGUGCACUACAUGAUGUGACUGAGAAGAUGGGAACCUGGUGUGACCCUUAG